AUGAGAGCCUUGGUUUUCCUUUACUGGAUACUCGUCUUUCAAUCGAUGUUAAUCGCUUCUACUGUUCAUGCUGAGGAUCGUCAAGUGGGAACCAGUGGAGAUUUACGAGAAAUCGUGAAACAAAAAUUCACUUUGACAUUGUUUCAUCCCUCUUGGAAGACCGCUACGUUAAUCAGGCGCGAACGAGAUGAUAAGAUUGAGGAAGAAGAGGCUAUUCCAACGAGACACGCUAAACACCGGAAGAGACGUCGCUGUAGAAAUCGAUCCUCGUGCUUUCGUAGUGAUUCGCGUGUCCUCGAGUCGUCGAAGAAAGAUCGAGACUCGAUUAAUACGGUUUCAGAGAUCGAGGAAGGGUUACGAGAUAGAUCAGGAGUGAAAAGUCGCGUGCAGGAGUCGUACAAUGAAGGUAAAACGGAGGAUUACGAUGUUACCGACACCGAGGAAGAAAAAGACAGAAGUUUUAUUCUUGCACAGAGGAACACCUCUUCCAACGACGAUUUAGAGCUGCUAGAUUCAUACGACGAUGGUGCUUCUUCCGGUGAGAUCGAGCUCGAGAACGUAGACGUGUUACCUAGUACGAAAACUCGUUUGAAGAAGGAGAAAAUCGGUGACAAUACGGAUUAUACGGAUGAAAUUCAACCUUCUACCAUUUACUCGGCUAUAGACGAUCAAGUGGCGAUUCACGAAGGUUUAAGCGUCCUGCUGAGCAGAUUGUUCCAAAGUCUACGGAACGCUUCCGCAAUAGGCAGUCAGGACAUCUUCAAGGAGUUGAAUUUCGUGAACACGACGAACGAGGAUCCCUGUCAAAAAUGGUUGAACAGUAGGGAUAAGCUCGAGCAUGUUUUCUUAGGUGGACUAACUUCGUUGCCUGCCUGCCCAUGCCAAUAUCCGAGUAAUAUCUUUUACGACGACAAAAUUUGGGACGAGAGGCAGAAGAGGUAUUUUAGGUGGCGGGACGUGAGCGGCGAUUCACAAAGGCUCGACGUCUACAAACCGGGAGCCACUUACUGCGUACGUUCGUUGCUGAUGCAGGGAAGCGGAAGCGCGGCCGCUCAGCAUUGCUGUUACGACCAGAGGAGGAAACUCUUGACCCGUGGUUCCGGUGCCGGUACUCCGAACUUCGUUAGUCCAGAGAUAUCGGCCAUAUUGCACGAGAGAAUCGACGUGCUGCCGUGGAGGCUCUGCAAGGGUGUUUUUUCCAGAUAUAACGGGGUGAGACCGCCAAACAACGACAACAGCUGCGACGCGAACCCUGACGACGAAGAGUAUCAACGACAGAUCGACGAUACCAAGUACUAUUAG